AUGGGUUUCAUGAAAGCCAACUGUGACCAUGUCGACCUCUCAGCUCCUUUCACACCCCUUCCCAAAUAUGGCCAUCUCUCCAAAAAGACAUCCGAGUACGAACAAGCAGAGCCUGAGAUCAGAAAAGCACGUUCGGCUGUCAACUGUCUCCCUGACUUUCCAGCCGUUCGUGCAGUGGCUGGUGAUCCAGACGCCGUAAUGCCUCCCGGCGGGCCUGAUAGAUACAAAAAGAUCACCACCGAGUUGAUCAAUAUACCUACCCGUGAUAGCACCAGUAUCGAGCUCAAAGUGUACAAGUCACAGAAAGUGAACAAUAAUGCAGUUCUCAUGUAUCGCAUGCAUGGUGGGGGCUGGUGUCUUGGACGACACGAAGUUGAUGGCAUUGAGAAUGUUUAUGCAGCGAUGAAUCCUGAUAUCGUUGUUGUAAGCGUCGAGUAUCGCAAAGCACCUGAACAUCCUUUCCCAACACCAUACGAUGACUGUUAUGAUGGACUCAUUUGGUGCAAAAGCAAUCCAGAUAAGCUAGGUAUUGACCCCGAAAGAAUCAUCAUCAGCGGUGGUUCAGCUGGUGGGCAGCUUGCCGCCUCCCUCACAAUGAACUGCCUGAGAGAUGGCAUCACUGGCGUCAUUGCUCAAGUUCUACACUUUCCAGCAUUAUGUCACCCAAAGUUCUUCCCCAGAGAUAAGUACGAGUAUGGCAGCUACAUCCAGAACCAUGACGAUGCUAUACUCAGUGCAUUGGGUAUGGAGACCUUUUACGAUGCUUAUACUCCCGAAGCAAAGCCUGAUUACCGACACUCGCCUCUUCUUGCUGAUUCCUUCAAGGAUCUUCCACCUACCCUUAUUCAGUGUGCCGGUAUUGACCCUCUGCGCGAUGAUGCUUUUGCACUAGCUGAAGCAAUGAAGAACGAUGGAGUCGAGGUAGAGGUUCACUGUUAUGCUGGCCUUCCGCAUUGGUUUCAUGUUCUCUUACCUAGUGCAACAGAAACCUCCCAGUUACUUCAAAGGUAUACUGGCUUCUUGGAAAAAUAUGCAAGAAGAUAA